AUGCCCUCCCGAAAAUCCAGAUCCAACCCCAAAUCCAACCUCCCCCGCAACCGCUGGUCCAUGUACCCAGCCCUUCACAGCGACGUCCUCAACCACCUGAGCUCCUCCCUCCCAAUUACCUCGCUAACCUUCCACCCCUUCGACGACGCCAGCAGCAGCAAAAAAGAAUACGACACGAACAUCAUGGGCCGGUUCGUUUGCUCGAAUGACUCGUGCACGUCAACCGGGUGGACGAGCAAGAAGAUCGCCAUCACGAUCCGGCUGUACACAGACGACGAGUACAAUGCACGGGUGUAUCAUCAGCGCUGUAAGAAGUGUAAUUCGCUCAGUCGGCCGUUUUUGGAUGAAGAUAGCUAUGCGGAGAGGAUCGCGUAUCGCAUGAAGAAGUGGUAUGGGGUUGAUGUGGAGAGGCCUGUGUAUGAUGAGAGGAAGAGGACCAAGCCGCAUAAUAGGGAUCUAUGUGAGGGGUGUAGGGCUGGGAGGUGUUCAUUUGCGGAGGAGGUGUGGGAUGAGGAUGAUAAAUGGUAG